AUCAGUGUGUAGUUUUUGUUUACAUUUUAUUUCUGGAUCAUUCGAGUUGGUUCGAAGACUUUCAAAGCUAAAUGAUUCGUUUAUAAAAGCAAUUGCAGAGCCUUUAGUUCAUUUUACUUCAAGUUCACGAUAUAAAAAGUUGAAUAAAAUGUCAGACGGAGAUCCAAAUCAACCGAGGCAGCCCCGUAACUUACAGGGGUUGCUGAAAUUCGCUAUGGAAGCCACUCAAGCGGAAGAUGCACCGGAUCCGGCACAGAUUCCACCGAUGGACGACGAAAGGCGCCAGUUUUUGGAAAAUGCUUUGCGCUCUCUAACCGUGGACGUAGUUCAGGAAAUCGAGAAAGCUAUGAAAGCCCUGCUGGAUCGUGAAACGCCGGAAGAAGACAAAGCCGAAGCCAUCGAUGUGGUUAUCGAUUUUGUUCAGGAUAUAGAUACGGCCAAUGGUUUCUUCAAGCUAGGAGGGUUCACAAUCAUAAACCCAGGUUUGGCGUCACCCAACGUCGAAGUUCGUAUCGGCACUCUUCGGUUGAUAGCGGAGCUUUCGCAGAACAAUCCGUUUUGUCAGAAACAUUUACUGGAAGCCGACGUCCUACCGAAGCUAGUGGAGCUAUUGUCCGACGAGCAAUCGGUGGCCAAUCAGGCUAUGCACGCCAUUUCCUGCAUGGUUCGCAACUUUGAACCCUGCCUUGCUGCAUUUAUUGACAUGGGUGGUUUGGAGUGUCUUUUAGGAUGCAUUCAAACGGAUAACGAAAAGCUACGCAUCAAAACUUCGUUUCUAAUGUCAAACCUCUGCUCCGAAUUUGCCCCGGUCAGAGACGAGUUCAUUAAACUGAACGCAGUUGAGCGCGUUGUGGCCUCUGUGAAUCCUACAGGCAAGUUUGAUCCGAAGCUCGAAACGGCACUCUCGACGUUGAACGUAUUGACCGAAAGUCCAGAAGGCGUUCGACGUUGUCAAGAUUCGGGAUUGGGACUGAAAUCGAAGUUAGAAGCAAUCCUCAGACUUAACGCAAAUAAGGAAGAAUGCUUGGAACAAGUCGAAUACACUAAAACGCUUCUUAAACGUUGCUUUUUGGAGAAAGUUACGGAUACCGAUCGAUGAUUCAAGUUGUACAAUAAAGUUUAUUUAUAAAAUUAAUUUUCAUAACUACAAAACUUCUGUCUACUUUUCACGUCUAUGUAAUGAUUGGCCCAAAUUCCAACAGGACUUCUUUCAAAUUUUCCUAAACUAGUCCAUUAAAGUAACAUUUGA